AUUGUAUAUACGUUAAUAAUUGUUACCAUAUAUCCUGUGUAUCAAGUUCCAUCAUACAGAGGCCUCUUAAUUUGCAUCACACACUGGUUUGGGGAUAUGUUGCCCCUUGGUUGCGAUGAAUUUUGACUCACUGUCUCUAGCCUUGUCUCAAAUAAGCUACCUUGUGGCUAAUUUGACUAAGAAAAACUAUAAGCAAAGUUCAAUUGAAAUAUCUAAUCUUGUUGAUCGACACUACAGUGAAGCAGAACAACAUUUAUUCCGCUGUCUGUUUUCUUGGAUUGAUUUCAGUGGUGAUGGUAAAUCUAGUGGAAAAGAUAAUUACCAGAUACAACUGCUGACGCAAGAGUUCAACUCUCUUAUAUCUCGUCCAAGUUUUUUCACUGCGGUAAUAAACGCAGUAGAAAACCCUCUGUCUCACCAGAAGACAUUAUAUCCUUCUGCAACGCUCAUUCCAGAUGUAAGCAGGGUCUUACACUUCACCAAACUCAAAGAAGUUAUAUUAGCCAUCGCAUUACAACAUUCAACCAACCCAGAAUUACGAAAACAGGCUUCCAAAUUCUUGUCAACAAAAGUACCUGAGCUCGUAAGAUAUCGCAUUGAAAGUAGCAACGAUCGAAAAUUAUCAGCAGAAUUAGGAAUAGAAGAUACAAGCGUAGAAGUAUUGCAUCUACUUCUAGCUCAUAUCUCAGAAUCCGAAGCUGUUUCAAACGAAGAAAAGGAAAAUUUCUUUACUGUCACCCGUAAAGAGUUCUCAGAAGAGCAGUGUCCAGUUAUCCUUCUUCCCUUAUUAUAUUGCAAGGAAGAGGAUUAUCACAUGGAACGUCUACUUAGUGACACAUCAACAGACAUUGGUCAACGCGCAACCAGUAAACCCAGUUAUCUUGCUGAAACUUUACACGAUCUUGGCUGUGCAUCAUGCUCAAGCAAGGAGCAAUGUUUGAAAACAUUAGAAAUGUUGAAAGUUUUCAACCUGCCUGCUUCACAAGUGGCAAGGGUGGUGAACAUGAUGGCACAGUCGGCUUCAGAUCUGAUUGAAAAUAUAACACCAAUACAGUCUCUGAGUGGUGGUAGUUACUGGUCAGACCAGAAAGAUAAAUCUGAAGAAGUUUCCUCCUCAUGGAAUGUUGAUGCCUUUCUACAAGUUGCUAAGGAAAAGACGUCCUCAUUGAAUGCACGAGACGUUUGCAGCGAGUUUGACUUCCCAGGUUUCCUUGUGAAAGACACUCCAGGCUUCCAUCUUCUGACACGAGCCAUUAUCAUCCUUUUGAACGGGAAUUCACAGGAAAAAUUCCCGAUUUCUGUUUUUUACAGAACUUGGAAAAACACCCAUGGUCAGUUAUCAUGGAUCCAGCAUGCGUUGGCCAAACCCUCCAUAUUAUGUUUAGCUGACUACAUAACAAGACCUACCAAUGUAGAAAUGCUUAAACAACCAAUUGACGAAGAAAAUAAAGAAGUUAUGACCUGGAAAUCUUUGGAUUUAGUUGAAGCUUUAUUUUCAUUGUCCGACUACGGCCAUCAUGAUGAAAUAAAAUCAAUUUUCCAAAACCCUGCAAAGUUAUGCCCUGACCUUCUUACACUGUCCAUUCUACAAUCUGGUAAUACAUGGCCACCAUUGAGACAAGAGAUGCUUCUGAUUAUGAUUCCCAUCUUCCUUGGCAGCCAUCCUAACUCAGCUAUGGUUCUUAACUUUGUGUGGAAUGGACAGGGACAGUCUCCCAUGUCCAAGCAAAUGUUGAUGCAUUGCAUGGCUGAAUGGUAUAUGAGGAAUGAACAAUAUGAUCAACAGAAACUAUCCAGGAUAUUGGAUGUAGCUCAAGAUUUAAAGGCGCUGUCAAUGCUCCUGAAUCACAAACCGUUCACGUUCGUGAUAGACCUUGCAGCACUUGCAUCACGACGUGAAUAUCUGAAGUUGGAUAAAUGGUUAAGUGACAAGAUCAAGGAACAUAAGGAAGAAUUUAUUGAAGCUUGUAUCAGCUUUCUUAAGAGGAGAUGCCCGGCAAUUGCGGGUGGUCCUCAGUAUAAAGAAGAUCACUCCAGCACCUCCAAUCUUCCACCUGAAACACUCACCACUAUGCUUGCAUGUUUACAAUCAUUUGUUGGCAAUGUAUCUCAAGAUCUAUCUGAGAGCAUACUAACAAUGGUAGCCACCUCAAGUAAUCUACUCAAUAAAUCUCGUCACCCCCCACCUGGGGUAAUGGUGAAGCCACGCCCACAAACCACCCCCCAACCACCAUCCAGUCUCCCCCCACCAGCAUCUACAGCACCUAAUAUAAAGAUGGACCAAGUAUCUAGCAUUGGUGGGUUCAGUAGCACACUCAUGCCUGCACCAAACCAACAUGGCCACACAGCAUUUGGGUCAUCUACUGAAUACCCAAGCAACAGCGCCCCUGGCAGCAAUCGCAUGACUGGUGCCAUAGGUGGUGGUGCCGCGGCACCUGGCAACAUGCCAAGCCCUGGAGCCGGAGGAUUGCUUGCCACCAAUACAGGGUUACCUGAAGUUGGAGGUUUCAACUCUGGUCUUGGUUCAAACUCAGUAGGAGGGUCAGGAACAUCAGGAAUCCAACCUGGAGGUAGUUUUUCGACCAGCAUCGGCCAAAGACUUGGCUCUCAACUUGGUGGAAGCACUUCUAACAGCUUGGGUUUGUCAGUUGCCCAACCAUCAGUUACAAGCAGUUUUUCAUCAUCGCAGUUUGGUCUCGGUGGAGGCUCCCAGUCCCAGUUUAUGCAAGGGUUUUCAAAUCAACUGCUUGGUAACUUGGGUGGCGUGGGUAGUAGUAUGGGAUCUACUGAUCAUUUCAGUGGAAAUAAGUUUGACUCUUACGCUAACCAGAAAGAUAUCUUCAAAAAUAAGAUGCCUGAUAUAUUCUCGCAGAAUAAACCAGGUUUAGGAGCACCAGGAGGAGGCAUCGGACUUGGAUCUUCCCUAAACAGCGGGAUCGGAUCGGGACUAGAUGUAUUUGGAAGCAAAAAACCUGCAGUUGGAGGGUUGGGGUCAGCCGCCCAACAAGCUUUUCAACAAGCUGCUGCUAAAACAACUAAACAACCAAUGUCGGACCAAUCCCAAGUAUGGCCUGAAAUGAACCAACAAUUCAACAAAGAAAUUGAAGAUGAAGCAAACGGAUAUUUCCAACGUAUUUACAACCAACCACCACACCCAACAUUAUCUGUAGAUGAUAUUUUGGAUCUUCUGCAAAACUUCAAAGAUUCAAACAACAAGAAAGAAAGAGAAGUGUUUAACUGUAUGAUGAGGAACUUGUUUGAGGAAUAUCGAUUUUUCCCUCAGUAUCCAGACAAGGAGCUUCACAUAACAGCUUGUCUGUUUGGUGGGAUCAUUGAAAAGAACUUGGUUACUUAUAUGGCUCUAGGCAUUGCAUUACGAUACGUACUUGAAGCCUUGCGAAAACCCCACAACAGUAAGAUGUAUUACUUUGGCAUUGCUGCGUUGGACAGAUUCAAAGGAAAACUAAAGGAUUAUCCUCAGUAUUGCUGCCAUAUAUCUGCUAUCGCUCAUUUCAAUGACUUUCCAAACCAUUUAGUUGAAUAUGUGGAAUAUGGGAAGAGAUCCGAGGAGCCCCCUGUUAAAGUCCAAUGCAGUGUUACCACCCCUGGAAGUAUUGCAUUUGCUGCUCAACAACAAACUACAGGGGAAGGAUUGUCUGAUGCUACUAUGUCACAAUCAACCACUGUGACAUCACAAACUAUAACAGCACCUACUAGAAUCAACUUGCCAGUUUCAAUUGGAAAAGAUAUGCAGCCAUCCAUCGCCAAGGCAACCAACAUCGACACGCUCCUUGGAGCACAAGUUCCUGAAGAGAAGAUACCUGAACCUCCUGAAAGUCUUCAGGAUAAGAUUGCCUUCAUAUUUAACAACUUAUCAGUGUCAAACAUGGGCCCUAAGGCUGAUGAAAAUCAAUUACCCACAAAGUUAAAGUCUAUAAUUUUGCCCUGUAUACCUCCAUACUUACUUACACAUCAUUUUCUAUAUAGACCUAAGCAUACAGCCUUAUAUAACAUGCAAGUAUUUAUAUACCCAAUGUCAUUACAGUUGAACCUGAAAUUUGAAGUUGAAGUUCUUUGCAAGAACCUCAACAUAGACAUCAAUGAUAUUAAAGCUGUCAACUAUCUCAGGGAUCCUGAGAUCAAAUUUACCAUUGAUUGUCAGCUUUCCACAUCUAAGAAAGAGCCCGGUACAUCAAGUAAGCCUUCCACACCUUCAGAACAACCUCAGUCAGAAUUUAAAGUACUACCAAGGUCCACCAGCAGUGCAGUGAUGGGUCUCGGAGCACCCUCCAUAUCUAGUGGGUUCCCACCCCCAUCUAUAGCCCCACCUCCGUCAUUAUCGCAACCCCCCCAACUACCCACCCACCAACCCCUACCAGCGAUGACACCGCGUUUCUCAUUCCAUGAUAUCAAUGUUUACUCGAUCGCAACCCUACAAUCCCACCUUACUAUUAAGAUGGAGCUUCCACUCCUACAAGCCCAACCACAGUUGAAAGCUUGCGUCCGACCCGCUGUAGAACGAGGCGUGCAGGAUCUACUGCAGCCUAUUGUGGAGAGAGCUAUCAAAAUUGCUCUUACUACGUGUGAACAAAUUGUGAGGAAAGAUUUUGCUCUCGAUCCUGAAGAGUUUCGAAUGAGGACAGCAGCUCAUCAUAUGGUUCGCAACUUAACAGCAGGUAUGGCACUAAUCACAUGUCGCGAACAAUUGUUGCAAAGUAUUGCUAAUCAUCUAAAGCAGAACUUUGGACAAGCUCUGACCAGGCAUCCGCAGUCAGUUCCACCACAACAGAAAGAGAUGAUUGAACAAACAGCGAACAUGAUCGCUGCAGAUAAUGUAGAGUUGGCUUGCUGCUUCAUACAGAAGACAGCAGUGGAAAAAGCAAUCAUGGAUAUGGAUAAACGAAUGGCAACGGAGUUUGAAUUGAGAAAACACGCAAGGCAGGAAGGAAGAAGGUAUUGUGAUCCUGGUGUGCUUACUUAUCAAGCUGAGAGGAUGCCAGAACAAAUAAGAUUGAAGGUUGGAGGAGUAACUCCACAACAAACAGCUGUCUAUGAGGAGUUUGCAAGGUGUGUGCCUGGCUUCCUACCAAGCAAUGAUUCAUCCCAACCAUCGGGCUUCCUUGCUAAACCCAUGCAGGCUUGGGGGGCAGUUGAUGACAUCACACAAGUAUAUGAUCGUUGCAUUGCAGAGUUAGAACAACAUUUACAGUUGUUCGGAGUAUCUCCCACCAGUGUCCAGUUCUCCCAACUACAAACACUGCAUGAAGCCAUCAUGUUAGCUAGGAAUUCAAGGGAGAUUGUCACAGCUCUUGCUUUGCUACAGAAAGCAGUUGAAGGUUUACUUGAUGCUUCAACACACACAACUACUGAUCAAGAGACAUUGGCAAGGUACCGUGAAUGCCACGUGCUUGUUUUAAAAGCCCUUCAAGACCAAAGAGCUUACGGACCACAAUGGACAAACAAACAAGUCACUCAAUGCCUCAUUAACCAUAGAGAUGAAUAUAAAUAUAAUGUGGAAGCUGUGGAGUUGUUAAUACGAGCACACCUGGUUAAUAUGCAGCAGUAUGACCAACACCUUGCGCAGUCCAUGGAGAAUGGCUUGAACUACAUGGCUGUUGUGUUCGCGAUGCAACUUGUUAAGUUGUUCCUCGUGGACGAGAAACAGAAUUCACUUGUUGUGGAAUCGGAUAUUUACAACACUGUGGAUGUGCUGAAUAAGAUCAACACUAUUUCAAGGGGGGCUGCUCCAGAGGGACUCUCCCAACUAAUGGAAAUGGUGAGAUCCAACUAUGAUUCAAUCCUUGAUAAAGUUCCAGGAGGUCCAACACACAUGAUGCAUUCGGGCAUUUCCCAGGCAAGGGAAUAUGAUGAUCCACCGGGUCUACAUGAGAAGACGGAAUAUUUAUUGAGGGAAUGGGUCAAUAUCUAUCAUAGUCCAACAUCUGGACGCGAUUCUACUCGUGGUUUCUCUGCAUUUGUACAACAGAUGCACCACCAAGGCAUAUUACGCACAGAUGAUCUGAUCACUCGAUUCUUCAGACUUUGCACUGAGAUGUGUGUGGAUCUUACUUACAGGCUGCUACAGGAAUCCAAUGUGAGUCCAUCCCUAUUGAACCCAACCCUGGUCCGAGCUAAAUGCUUCCACACACUUGAUGCGUUUGUAAGGUUGAUUACAUUGCUAGUGAAGCAUUCAGGGGAUGCUGUAAACUCGGUUACCAAGAUAAACCUGCUAAACAAGGUUCUUGGUAUAGUGGUUGGUGUACUACUUCAAGACCAUGAUACAAGGCAAACAGAAUACCAUCAAAUGCCCUACCAUAGAAUAUUCAUUAUGUUGUUCUAUGAGCUUAAUGCACCAGAACAUGUACUGGAGUCGAUCAACUUCCAAACACUGACUGCAUUUACGAACACAUACCAUAUUCUGCGUCCAAGUAAAGCUCCAGGGUUUGCAUUUGCGUGGCUUGAAGUUAUAUCAUACAGGUCUUUCAUAUCACGAAUGUUGCUUCAUACACCUCAGCAAAAGGGGUGGCCAAUGUAUGCUCAACUUCUGAUUGAUCUGUUCAAGUUCUUGGCUCCGUUUUUACGAAACGUGGAACUCACCAAGUCAAUCCAGAUAUUAUACAGGGGCACCCUGCGGUUACUUCUCGUACUUCUCCAUGAUUUCCCCGAGUUCCUAUGUGAUUAUCACUAUGGCUUCUGUGAUGUCAUACCUGCAAACUGCAUUCAGUUGCGAAACUUGAUCCUGAGUGCUUUCCCUCGUAAUAUGAGGUUACCCGAUCCAUUUACACCAAACCUUAAGGUUGACAUGCUGCAGGAGAUCAACGUAGCACCUCGCAUACUAACAAACUUCAUUGCUGUCAUGCCAGCUCAAUUCCAGAAGGAUCUUGAUAGUUAUUUGAAGACAAGAGCUCCCGUUACCUUCUUAUCUGACCUGCGUACCAAUCUACAGAUAAGCAAUGAGCGUGGCAUCAAGUACAACGUACCUCUUAUUAAUUCACUCGUUCUCCACGUUGGUACUCAAGCCAUUGCUUACAUUCAUAACAAGGGAGGUUCUCCAUCCAUGGCAACAAUCACACACUCCUCGCACAUGGAUAUCUUCCAAAACCUGGCUGUGGACUUGGAUACUGAAGGUCGCUACUUGUUUUUGAAUGCUAUCGCAAACCAGCUGCGUUAUCCAAACAGCCACACUCACUACUUUAGUUGCACCUUGCUAUAUCUGUUUGCUGAGACAAAUCAAGAGUCAAUUCAAGAACAGAUCACAAGAGUUUUGCUUGAGAGGUUGAUUGUAAAUCGUCCCCACCCAUGGGGAUUGCUCAUCACUUUUAUCGAGCUCAUUAAGAAUCCAAACUUUAAGUUUUGGAAUCAUGAGUUUGUGCAUUGUGCACCAGAGAUAUCUAAACUGUUUGAGUCAGUAGCCCGUAGUUGUAUGGGAAAACAGUUCACUCAGCAGGGAGUGACAGACACUGCUACUACAGUGAUUAGUACACCUGCCACUGCUGUGCAAGCUUGAUUUACGGACUGUUUUGUUGUGCUGCUUUUUAAUUGUGUAAAUAAAUUUGGAGAUGCAA